AUGGGAUGCGAAAAGAUAAUUCAAUUGGGGGUUUUAUCCGAGGAAGAUGCAUGGACCUUGUUCAAAAAGCAUGCUCAUAUAAGUGAUAGUUCCUUGAAACAUUUGUUGGAUAAGGGACGCGAUAUUACCAAAGAAUGUAAAGGGUUACCAGUUGCAAUAGCAGCCAUUGCUAGCAGUUUAAAAGGUGAAGGAAAUGUGAAAGUGUGGAAAUCAACUUUAAGAUCCUUGCAGAAGUCCGUGCCUAUGCAUGGUGUUCCUAAAAGUUUGAUUGAAGUUUAUAAAUGUUUGAGGUAUAGUUAUGAUAAUUUGAAGGAUAAAGAAUCCCAGAAACUAUUCCUCUUAUGUUCUAUGUUUCCAGAAGAUGAAGAACUUUCCAAUGAAACUUUAACCAGAUUUGGCAUUGGAGUGCGCCUUUUUGGGGAAAUGGAUGGCAAAUACGAUGAAGCUCGAGACCAAGUCGUUGUUGCCAUUCAUAAACUUGUAGAUUCUUGUUUGUUGUUGAAGUGUGGGAAAGAAAGUGUGAAAAUGCAUGACUUGGUUCGUGAAGUGGCCUUAUGGAUAGCUAAUGAGGAAAUUCAAGCAGUAAAUGUGUGUAACAAAAAUCAGAGGUUAUUGCUUGAGAGGAGGAAGAAUAUUAAAUAUUUGUUAUGCGAAAGGAAGAAGAUGGAUGUAUUUUCUUGUAAGUUUGAUAGCUCCAAACUUGAGAUUCUAAAAGUCGUCUACAUGCAUGAAGAUGAAGAUGAAAAUGCUUCUGUAGAAGUCCCAAAUUCAUUCUUUGCAAAUAUGACGGAACUUCGAGUUUUGCAUUUGUCAUUGAAGACACGGAGAUAUGUUUCUCUAUCAUUACCACAGUCAUUCCAAUCAUUGACAAAUAUUCGGUCUCUAAUCCUUGAAAGGUUACGCUUAGAAGACUUCUCUGUUCUGAAAAACAUACAAAAUCUUGAGACUCUUGAUUUGGUUCGGUGCCGUAUGGAUGAAUUACCCCGUGAAAUUGCAAAACUGGAGAAAUUUAGAGUGUUGAGGUUAAGAGGUGGCAUUGUUGGAAAUUUUAAUUCAAUUAAAGUGAUUGAAAAGUGCUCAUUACUUGAAGAAUUGUACAUUGUUGGUACGGAUCUCACGUUUGAUACUUCGGCAAUGCAUGAGAAAAUAACCUUUCCUGCAUUGCAAAGGUACAUUAUGAGUGAAUAUCUGGUGGAUGAAUCGUUGUCAACAUGUGUGGCCUUUCCGAAGAUUGAUGCUAUUUUCUCAGAAGUGACAUUCAAUCAUUUGGUGCAAACAACCGAACUUCUUCAUCUGGGAAAAAUCGAGGGGGAAUGGAGAAAUCUCAUACCUGAUAUUGUUCCCAUGGAUAGAGGUAUGAAUGACCUAAUCGAGCUUUAUUUAUGGGAGAGUCCACAAUUGCGGUGUCUCAUUGACACUACACGUAUUGAUUCUCAUAGACGAAGUUUCUUCUCCAAGUUGAUUGAGCUACGACUUAGAGCCAUGGACAAUUUCGAAGAACUAUGCAAUGGUCGCUUUCCCUUUGACUUUCUAAACAAUUUACAGAGUCUAGAUAUCUCAGAUUGUAUAAAUUUGAGAAGCAUAUUGUUUAAGAGCAAGCUAAACCUCUGCUAUCUUAAGACCAUUGAAUUGUACAAUUGCCCAAAAUUGGUAUCCCUAUUUCAAUUGUCAACUUGUCAAAGGCUCUUGCUUUUGGAGAAACUGUCCAUACAUGAUUGUGAGAAACUAAAAAACAUAAUAGCAGAUGAAAGAGUAAAUGAAGAUAGAAGGGAAGAGAUUGUUGAUGGUGAGAAUGAUAACAAGAGUUGUGCCUCAAUGUUUCCAAAUCUGAAAACUCUUUAUAUUAUCGAGUGUCCCCAAUUGGAAUAUAUACUUCCAACUCUUUCUACUCAAGUUGUUCCAUUGCUAGAAACUAUCAUAACACGUGAUUGUGGUGCGCUGAAAUACAUAUUUCAUCAAUACCAACAUGAACAUGCAAGGUCAUCCUGUAAAAACGAUUCCAUGGAAAAAGUAGAAUCAAAUCGCAAGAAAUGCAAUAUUUCUCCUUGGAUCCAUAUGUGUUAUCCUCAUAAAUGCAGACGCAAAGUCAAGAGUACCAAAAGUACUACCAAUGAACCAUUGCAAGAUUGUUCAAUCUCAUCGGUGUCAAACUUUGACUAUCUUCAUCUUUGGCAACGUGCUCAAUGUCUUUCGGAGCAACCACAGAUCCUGCGCAAAAUUAAAGAAAUUGACCUACAAAAUUUUUCAAAGAUCAAAUCUGUAUUUAUCUUCUCCAUUGCUCCAGUGAUGUUGGAAACUCUGAGAAUUCAGGACUGCGACGAAUUACAGCACAUAAUAGUAGACAUUACAGAUGACCUUGGUGACAGUGAUUUGAUUUAUGGUUUUCCAAAAUUGAAAGAGAUCUAUGUGAAAGGUUGUAGGCAAUUGGAAUAUAUAUUCGGAUGUUGGGUUGAUGAUCAUCAGAAUCAUAAUAAAAGAAACCUUGAUCUUCACGUCUUGGAAAGUCUCCGCUUACAUGAUCUGCCAAGUUUAAUAGGCAUUUGCUCCAAAAACUAUAGCACAACAUUGCCACCUUUGAAGAAGUUUGAACACAACGGAUGUUCCCAUAUUAGCAUUAAAUCUAUUGGCGAUUUCACCCUUUCUUUGAGUAACACAUCUGUUAAGGAGUUGAGUGGGAACGUGAAGCAUCUUCUCUCUUUGAAAAAUCUCUGUUUCCAUGGCCCCAAAAUUGAAAACAUUUGUUGUUUCAAUGAAAUAAUUGGACAAGAAACAAAUUUAGGGUGGGAAAACAUUCGGUUGGAAGAUCAGCCUCGUGUGACCUAUCUUUUUGAAGGUCCUAAGAAUUCUUUUAUCCUCCAAAACCUUAUGGACCUAAUUAUUGUGCAAUGUGAGAAAUUAGAAGUAAUCUUCACUGCUUCUAUUUCAAGAUGCUUACCACAGUUGCGGAUUCUAAUUAUAAGAGAAUGUAAAGAAUUAAAGCAGAUCAUUGAAGAGAAUGCAGAAAAUCAGGAAAUGUCUUUCCCAAAGCUAGGAGAGAUAGUGGUCGAAAAAUGCAACAAAUUAACAUAUCUCUUUCCUUUCUCCACUUCUAAAGAGCUUCCAUGGCUUCAAGUUCUGAUAAUAAAAGAAGCGUCUGAGUUAAAGGAAGUAUUCAGAGCUGAUCAAAAAGUUGAGUUUCCACAGCUAAGACUUUUAGUAUUUGUAAAACUAAUAAUCUUCAGCCUCAGCCAGGGGAUUGAAUUGGAGAAUACACAUCUUUGGGUGCAGAGUUGUCCAAAUCUCUCUUUGACUUCAACGAUAGAGUCCGAUCAGUUGGAGAACACAGUUUUUCGCUAUGUCUACGGAGGUUGUUAUUCUUGGGAAAUAAUAAAAGGCAUUGCUCAAGAUCUUAAAGACUCAAUAAUCCAAGAUCCUAGCAAUGAAAGUCAAACUACAAAAAUCACUGAAGACAUCGAAGGUGAGCUGGAAGUCCAAGCAACUUCACAAAGUGAGUUGGCUUCUUCAGAAGUCAAUACGAAUCAAUCCAUUGCAGAGAUAAAGCAUGAAAUUGUUGAUGAAGAUUCAAGUUUAAAGAUACCAUCGGCAACAACAUCACCAAUUAAAUGGCAUGAAGCACAUUCAGAUGUGUUGUUGGAUGAACAAUCAACAGGAGAACCAUGCUUGAUGAACCAAAACCAGGCCAUUGGACUAACUGAUACCACCUUUAAAAUUUCUCAAGGAAAUAAUUGUCUUAAAGAAAUAGAGGACCAAAGUAAUCAAGAGGAUUUUGUAUCAAAGCAAACUAUUACAACAACUUUAUUCAUGGAUUCAGAAAAAGGGCACACAUCACCCAGACAAUUGCUUCCUCCUAUACAAGAGGGUGUUGAGAGAAAUUUUGAAGUAGGAACAACAUCAGCCAAUGCCAUGAUAGUAGCAUCGCCUAACUAUGGGAGAACAUUCUUCAAUGAAACACCAAUGGAAGAACAUUCUUCAAUGAAAGAACAACAGCCCCUUGGAGAAACUGAUAUUGGUUUUGAAGUUCCUCAAGGAAAUAAUGGAAUGCCACCACCUAACUAUUGUUUGAAAGACAGAGAGAACCAAAGUACUCAAGAAGGUUCUAUGUCAGGGAAAAAUAUAACAGCAACUCUACUGAUGAAGUCAGAAAUAAGGAACACAUCACUAGGACCAUUACUAUCUCCUUUACAAAAAGUAUUUUACUGUUUAUAUUCAAUAUAAGAGUGAAAGAAUGCUCUGAAUUUAAACAAUUUUAUGAUUAUGUGAAGGGUAUUAAGAGAAGUGUUGAAGAAGGAAAUACAUUAGCUAAUUUCAAGUCAAUAACGUCAUCAACUCGUUCAGAACUAGUUAGUUCAUCAUUAGGUCCAUCAGUUGCUUCUAAGGGUGAAACAUAUCCACAUGAACAUGGAGAUGGCCAAAUGGGCAUACAAUCUGUUUUAGUUGUGCCUCCCUCUGCUCAAGAAACUUCAGAGAUAGCGCUUGCCCUCACUAACUCUCAUGAUCCAGUUUGUUUGAACGGUGAUGCUUCCAUGAAAGUAAGCUCAAUGGUUGAGGAACUGUUUCUUAACAAUGAUGGCAUAAGAGUUUCAGAUUCUAAUCCCUUUCCUGGCAUCCCUUCCAAUGUUGUAUCCAAGUCUCUUUCAGUGCCAUUUGAAGGGAGCCCUUCUCAAACCAUGGAUGAUGUGAGUUUUGCUUCUCUCAAAAGUGAACUUGAGCAACUGGUCUCCAACAAGUAUUUGGCUUCUGAGAACAUGACUCUGUUGACUGAAUUUUUGGCAAAGCAUACUUCUCUUCGUUUAAAAGACAAUGCAUUUAGUAACAAAUACAAAGGUUAUGCCUACACUUGCCUGGCUGAGCUACUGAAAUUCCUCCAAACACACAGUGUUUUGGAAGUGUUAGGGUCAAAGCACUCUAACUUUAUGGAGUUAAUGCAAGACAUGAGAAGUUUUGUUUUGAUAAGAAUUGGUUAGAUGGUGUUGAAAGACGUGCCUUGUUUCCUAGUUUACAAGCAUCUGAAGAUGCAUUGCAGAAAUUAUUGGACUCAAAACGCAUUUUGACUCAGCAUGUGAAGGAUCUUAAGCAUCAAGUGGCAUCUUCUGAAGCUGUUUUGGAGAGUAUAAUUCAACAAGAGGCACAAGUAAUGGAAGCUAGGGCUUCUUUGAGUGCCCCUCUUGGCUAUUAGACUCUGUUUUUUCUUGUAUUUCUCCAUUGCUACAUUUUGCCUAGGAACUUUGAAUAUUUCUUAGGUAGUUCAUUCCUUGUAUGAAAUGCACUAAACCAUGUAUUUCAUAUAUAUUUUAAAAUAUCAGAGUUUCAUGUGUUACAUAUGAUGAAGUUUUGAUUUCUUCUAAAUAAUAUUAACUAUUUUUCUAUUUU